CGUGCAGCACGAGCAACCAAGAAACUGAAUGGGAAGAGAGAUCGACAGCUACAGUAAGUUUUCUAUUGCAGAACUGCGUGCCCGUGUUUGUCAGUGUCAGCUUCCCUACGCACUUUAUUGACCAUAACGGCUACCGACAAUGUCACUUUCCGGCUCCCAGUCACCAGAAGACGGCUUGCACGGCUCGUGGGUGGAGCUGGAGGGUGUUUCGGCACUGAUAGGCUGCAGGGAGAGCGUGGCAGGACCACAGGGCACUACCUCCCCCCUCCUGCAGGGGGAGCUAGAGAGAAUCCUCCUGGAGGCACAGCUGGAGUGUGAGAGGACAAGCCACACAGACAGCCCUCCCCAGCAGGGUACCCCGCGGUCAGCAGGCUCACCUCAGCCAGCGAGUGAGGGAAGCAGCAGCACAGACUGCAUUACCAUACAGUCGGACGAGGGCGAGAGACGGACAAGCGCAGAGUGGGUGUGGGCCUGGUCCAGUCGUCCUGAGAACCUACCGCCAAAGGAGUUCGUCUUUCAGCACCCCAAGCAGACGAGCUCUCUCAGCGUGAGGAAGAGUGAGGUGAUGAAGAGGAAGCUCUUCUCCUCCGACGCGCUUCUCGUCCUAAUCCCCUCCCUUGUGGCUUCACACCUGCUCACGCUGGGGUUAGGGAUUUACAUCGGCAAGCGUUUGGCUGCCUCCUCCGCCAGCACGCUGUGACCUCUGACCCCGGGCAGCGCUCCCCACCAGCUGCCCCCUCUGCCAAUAGGAUCAUUAGCCUCGUUUUCUUAUUGUCAUUGCCCCACCCCCCCCUUAAAAUGACCACCCUGUCUUUAUAACUGUGUCUGUCUGUCUUUCUCUUGUCUGUCUGUCCAUCGCUGUGUUUCAGUACCCCCUCUGACCCCCUCUGCAGCUCUGUGUGUCUGGGGUCGAAGGUCAUCUCUCAUACUCAAAGCUUAAUCCAGAGCCACACUUCAGCUUUCCAGUAGGAGCAGACAGGGAGAAUGGGAAAGAACAAAAAGGGGUGAUUCGAAGAGAAAGAGUGCGGAGAGGAGGGGGAAUGAGAGAUAAAGAGAAUUCCACUGAGCAAAAUAAAAUAAAAAAAACUACACCUGAACAGUGAAGACAGACAGCAGUAUCAGGGUUUUACAGAGUUUUGCUCACCCAGAUUCCUGCAGAUUGAUUGUUUCAGAUAGGGCAGGCGUCUCAAAAACAACGUCCACAAUAAACGCGAUGCCGAACGGAACGCUAAAUUGGCUCCAAAGUGAGAUCGAUGGACGAGGAAGGGGGGGGGGAGGGGGGUGUGGCAGCCAAUGAAUGAAUGAGCUGGUUAAUUUAUAUCAGUCAAAAAGCAGGGAUGGUGAGAUUGUGCCUGGGCCAGCAGGGGAUUUCCUUUGUGUGAUCUGCAAAGCAUGAUGGAUCGUUUUUCACCCGCGAGCGUGGCGACUCAAAGAGAGUCCCUGUGUCACUUACGGCUCCCCCGAGUUUGGUGGGUGCCCGCGGAGCUGCGUUGUAAACCGGCGCGACUGAAGCCUCAUUAAAGCUCACCCUCACAUCUCUCUCUGUCUCCUGGGCCUAAGUCUGUCUUUCCAGGUUUAACUGCCCUCCUCAAAAACCGUCAGCGGCGGAGACUGUUGUGCUGCUGAUAGAUUUCAGAGCUUUGGGAUCUGGACGUGUCUGCACUAUUUUGUUUCAGUUACAAGAACAAGCUUGAGCUGUGUUGGUGAUUGACUGCAAUACUCUACAAUUCCACAAGAGGGCGCAAAAAAUCCAUUACUAGGCUUUGAUGAACGGAGAAGCUUCUCUGAAAGAAAAUGAGUUGUGAAUCCAUGCGAUUAAAUGAGAGGCCUCUUUGCUUGGCAAAAUCCAAUCAAUGACCUCAUUUUUAAAUACUGGGAGUAUUCUGGACCUAAUUGUUUCGGAUAAUAGCAUCACGAGAGCCAUUCAGGAUUUACGAUCACGGGUGAGCAUGUUUACACAGGCUAGCAACCAGGAACAGAGCCAACCUCCGCCCAGACUUUCGGGAAAUGUAAACUCUGAACAAUUUUGUCAUCACAUAGGUUGAAUUUUAUGUCUGUCGUUCUAGAUCAGGGACGUCAAACUCCAGCCCUGGGGGGCCGCAGUGCCUGCUGGUAUUUGUGGUUUCCCAACAGUCAGCAGCCAGUUAAGGCCUUGAGAACAAGGUGUGUGGACUCUUCAGCCAAUCAAUGGCUUAAAUGAAUCACUUGCGCUGAGAUUCACUGAGAACCAAAUGACACUGCAGCCCUCCAGGACUGGAGUUUGACAGCCCUUUUCCAGGGAGUGCAUAUAUAUACAUAUAUACUUCUUAGUUCUAAGCCCUCAAGCUAGCCCAGUGCUAGUGAGAAAGAGCACCUGUCUAUGGGAGAAUGUUCUAGUGCUAAUGCAACUGCCACAGAGUUCGCCUGGGUCCGCGCCGGGUUAGAAGGUACUGCUAUCAGAGUGAAACGUGCUCUCGCCAGAGCUGGUUUUACACCGAGCGCUUUGCUGUGUCCGUGUGCACCAUGCCCCAUAGGCCCCUGGGAGAGAAGAACGUGAGAGAAAAAAAGAAAGAAAGAGAGAGAGAGAGAGAGAGAGAGGAGCACAUUAGCCUAAUGACACGACUGCAGCCGGAGCCUGGAGCGUGCUGUUACGAGCCGUUCAGAGUGACAGCAGCGAGCAGGCAGGCGGGUGCUGGAGGGGACGGCCGGCGUGCAGCGGCUCACUGUGUGCACUUCCACAGCAAGCGCGCACGCAAGGCCGGCGUGCAGCGGCUCACUGUGUGCACUUCCACACCGAGCGCGCACGCAAGGCCGGCGUGCAGCGGCUCACUGUGUGCACUUCCACAGCAAGCGCGCACGCUAGCGCACGCAAGGCCGGCGUGCAGCGGCUCACUGUGUGCACUUCCACAGCAAGCGCGCACGCUAGCGCACGCAAGGCCGGCGUGCAGCGGCUCACUGUGUGCACUUCCACAGCGAGCGCGCACGCAAGGCCGGCGUGCAGCGGCUCACUGUGUGCACUUCCACAGCACGCUAGCGCACGCAAGGCCGGUGUGCAGCGGCUCACUGUGUGCACUUCCACAGCGAGCGCGCACGCAAGGCCGGCGUGCAGCGGCUCACUGUGUGCACUUCCACAGCACGCGCACGCUAGCGCACGCAAGGCCGGCGUGCAGCGGCUCACUGUGUGCACUUCCACAGCAAGCACGCACGCUAGCGCACGCAAGGCUACCGCUAAACGAGGGGCCACUAUCAGGGGGUCUGCUUCCAAUCGGACCUGCGUGCCUGUCGCGAGUGUCAGUCCUCCUCCUCUUCCUCCUCGUGCUGCUCCUGCUCUUCCUCCUCCUCCUCCAGCUCCUCGUCGUCCUCCUCCUCCUCCUCCUCCUCCAGAAAUCUUCAGUUUAGCAGAUCUUCAGGUGGGGGAGGGCCAACUGCAGCAGAGGCGCCUGAAAGCAAUUUAAAGGAAAGAAACGUUUUGAGGAACAGACUCUCGGCACGGUGUGCUGUGAAGCAGGGGCCCGAACAGGGAGGAUUAGACUGAGCCCUGAGCAUCAGCGAGGAGAUCUGAGCAAUCUGAAGAGAUGAGACGCUCUGUUCUGGGAUUAGGAAGGCAGGUGUUACUCAGGUUAAAUAAACAAGCAAAAGCCCCCCCAGCCAAAAAAAAAGAAAAAGAUAUACCGCGACUGCUAGUCCAUGUCAUGCAUUACCACCCUUGUCCAGGAGGGGGGUGUAUUUUCCCACUCUAGCUUCCUCUCACAGAUGUCAAGUGGAUAUCAGCAUGUAAGAUAAGGUCAAUCAAGCACCAGCUCAAAACAGACACGAAAAGCUCUUUCUUCUCCUGGCACUCUUUCCAGCCUACAGUGGCUUCUGUCUUUCUGUUCUUCUAUUUUCUUCACUCCCCUCUUUUUACAGAGACUUUCUUCCCAUUGUCUCUUUUCUCUCUUCUAUGCACAUUUGUUAGGAAUGAAGAGUUUGCCACACAAGAGAAGAAUCUGCAAAGAUUUUAAAAUAGAGGACAGAAAUUAGUCUUUCACACACCUCCCCUCUCUCUCUCAGAAGCAACAGAAAGAAUGUCACUGUAAAUUGGGUGGAUUUGUCACACACACACACACACACACCUGGUUCUCAGCAAUCCUACAGUAAGAUUAUGAGUCUGGUUAGAGCGGCUGAGAUGAACAGACACCGAGAAGACUGCUUACCUCCACUGUUAUAAUGUUAUCAGGCGGGUUUAAAAUCAAAUAAAUUCUUCUUCCAAAAGCCA